AUUAUUCUUAUAUUAUGGAAUGUCAUGAUAUAAAGCCAAGAUACAAAAUUUUAAAAGAAUUAUUAGAUAAAUAUAAAACAUCGUCAAAACGGAUUUAUCAGAUCUGGAGAGGAGAAGAAGCUAAUAGGGUUACUUGGGAUCAACCUAUACCUCAAUCAUAUAAAAUAAAUAAUAUAUAUAGCUACGAAGUACCAGGCUUCAGCAAUAAUUCAUCUAAUAUAAAUAGCUAUAAAGCUAGUCUCUCAACUAAUGUGAAUCACUCUGAAGUUUUACCAGAUAAAUCAGCAGAAAUGGGACGACCAAAGAUUCAAAGCUCUACUUCCUCACGUGCAGUAAAAAAAAGUACUUCUCCUACAGAUAAUACAUUAAGAAGAAAGAAUGAUCUUGAAAAAUUAAUGAAAAAUACUAAAAGAUUAGCUCCUAUUCUUCUAUCUUUGUCUCA